AUGACUUCCGACUAGCGCGGAAGAGACUCUAACCCGGUUGGUGGGCCUGAGUUGAGGAAGGCGGGAGUUUGGUCAUCUCGCUUCGCCCUCUGGCGGCUCCAGCCAGCGGGUCGGUCGGCUUUGAGUAGCGCAGGCUCCCAGACCCUCACCGAAGACCCCCGGGGGUGGCUUCCAGAUGGGGGAUGAGGGACCGGGAAGCACGGUUCACCUGCUGUGCCUCGCGGCCUCCAGCGGGGUCCCCCUGUUCUGCAGGAGCAGCGGCGGCGGCGCCCCCUCCCGUCAACAGCUUCCCUUCUCUGUCAUCGGCUCCCUCAAUGGAGUCCACAUGUUCGGGCAGAAUCUGGACGUGCAGCUGAACUCUGCAAGAACGGAAGGCACAACUGUGGUGUGGAAGAGCUUCCAUGACAGCAUCACCCUCAUCCUUCUGUCAUCUGAGGAGGGCACCUCCGAGCUGAGGCUAGAAAGAACGCUCCACAUGGUGUUUGGGGCCAUGGUUCUCAUUGUGGGACUUGAGGAGCUGACCAACAUCCGGAACGUAGAGAGACUGAAGAAAGAACUGAGGGCCAGCUACUGCCUCAUUGACAGCUUCCUGGGGAACGCGGCGCUCAUUGGGGACCUGACCCAGUGUGUGGACUGUGCCAUUCCUCCCGAGGGCUCCCUCAUGCAGGAAACCCUCUUAGGGUUCGCAGAGGCCACUGGCACGGCCUUUGUCAGUCUGCUGGUAUCAGGCCGAGUGGUGGCAGCGACCGAGAGCUGGUGGCGCCUGGGCAUGCCGGAAGCCGUGCUGCUCCCCUGGCUGGUGGCGUCCCUGCCACCUCAGGCUGCUCGCGACUACCCGGUGUACCUGCCGCACGGGAGCCCCAAGGUCCCCCAUAGGUUGUUGACCUUAACGCUGCUGAGGGGUCUGGAGCUAUGUCUGCUGUGUGGGCCGCGCCCGCCCCUGGGCCAGCUGGAUCCACAGCUGUUGGAACGCUGGUGGCAGCCGCUGCUGGAGCCCCUCCGGGCCUGCCUGCCACUGGGCCCUAGGGCGCUACCUGAAGGGUUCCUGCUGCACAGUGACAUCCUUGGCCUGCUGUUGCUCCACUUGGAACUGAGACGCUGCCUCUUCACUGUGGAACCUUCACCAGAUAAAGAGCCUUCCCCUGAGCAGCGCCGGCGCCUCCUUCGCAACUUCUAUACUCUGGUGGCUACCACACACUUCCCACCAGAACCAGGGCCUGCAGAGAAAGAAGAGGAUGCAGCCCACCCAGCCCAAAGGCCCAGAGCUUGCUACCUUGUGCUAGGGCCAGGCAUGGGGUGGCAGCUGGUGGCUCUGCAGCUAGGGCUGCGGCUGCUACUGUUGAUGCUGUCUCCUCAGAGCCCCACCCAUGGGCUGCGAAACCUUGCCACCCACACUCUACAAGCCCUUAGCCCGUUCCUUUGAUCACGCAGGGGGUGGGCAGCCAAUAGAUGGGGUA